UGCCUCUUUUCUCUGUAUUGUCUUAGCUAGUUCGCCAGUUAAGGGGUAAAAUGGCCGUCAUUAACGGCCGAUAAGGUCAAUUGUUUGGUUGUCCGUGUUUAUAUUUAUCUUCUUUGACAUAGUUUGCAACUUUGUAUUACAUGUCUAACAGAAGCUUGAGAGAAAUUAACAUGUUUAUGAUUUUUUUCUUUGUCUGUAAAACUGACUAUAUGAAAAAGCCUUUGGGAAAGUGCACAUUAUUUAGAAUGCUAAUGAUAUAUUUUUGAUACGUUUUUCCUGUUUUCUUGGACAUUUUAUGUUAAAUACAAUUCUCCUUUGAGCUAUUGAAGGCAAAACAUCGUGGUUUGAGUGUUCAUUCUGAUAUCCCUAUACAGGCUGCAACAUAUUGGGGGCUCGUCCGGGAUGGAUGUGACAAGGACCUGCUAUCUGGAAUAGAAGUCCUGUUUUCAUUCAACCCAUUACACAUCUACAGCCUGAGGGGUCCAGAACGUGUGGUGGUUUAACGCCUGCAGAAAGACGCUUGCGAUCUGAGGUUAACUACGAGUGCCAAGAGAGCCAAGGUGUCCAAUCUGCAAAGAAGUUAUCGCACCACAUCAGCAUUGGCCACGAGUUGGAGAUUGAAAUGGCGUCUAUGGAGAUCGAGGACUUGAAACUUCAAUGCAGAUGCUGAGAACACUUACAGAAAAGCAAAAGACAAAUUGGAAAGAAUCAUUGAACAAACUGAUCUACGCCUAUAAUUGCACUCGAUGUGAAGUCACAGGUUUUUCUCCCUUCUACCUGUUAUUCGGAAGGUCACCAAGAUUGCCAAUUGAUCUCGUAUUUGGUCUCACAACUGAAGUAGGAAAUGUAGACCACCGAACAUACAUGGAGAAAUGGAAAAGAGAAAUGCAGGAAGCAAACGAAAUUGUCCAAGCAAAUAUAAAAAAAUCAACUGAGAGGGGUAAAAGACACUAUGAUAGCAGAGUGAGAACAUCUGUCUUGUGUCCUGGUGACCGUGUUCUGGUUCGGAAUUUGACGCCUCGAGGAGGCACAGGAAAGCUUCGUAAUCACUGGGAAGAGGAUAUCCAUAUUGUGAUUCGUCAAGUUGGAGAAAAUAACCCAGUGUAUGAAAUCAAACCUGAAAAGGGCAGAGGAAGAACAAGAACAUUGCACCGAAACCUGUUAUUACCAUGUGAUCACUUACCUUUGGAAAUUCAUCCGCAACCAGCAAUUAAACAAAAGAAAAAGACAACCCUUGCAGAAGAAACAGACCAAGAGCAAGAGAGUGACGAAGAUGAGUGUGUGUACUAUUACAAGCCAGUAGUAGAGUAUCAAGCACCCAUUACAGACAUGACUACUGAGCCAACUCGAGAGACACCAGCAUUAGACACUGAUGAACGUGGACCUAACACAAACACAGCUGGAAGAAGACAAGAUGAUGUGUUUUUGAGAGAUGAAAAUCAGAGUGAUGUUGAGCCACGGGUAGAGUUUCAAGAGGAAGUUCCGAUAUCGCUCCACAGUGGUUCAGGAGGAAACGAAGAACAUAAUGGUAGAUACCCAAGAAGAGAAAGACGACCUCCUGAAAUCCUCACCUAUGACCGGCUGGGAACUCCAUCAUGCUGUAGUACAUCACACACAAGAAGAGAGCCUUACCAGUAUCCAUCUUUGCAGUACAGAGAAGGUCAGUUGGUGACAGUGUGGACAAACCCAUUCCAAACAUACCAGCCUCACGAUAUGCGAGCGUAUUGAUUGAUAGUUUAUUUAGUGCCAUUGUGUUUCAGAAAAAUUCUCAGACAAAAACAACCGCUAUUUUCUGCAGUUACAAUUACUUGCAAAACAGUUCAUUUUAUCUCAUAAACCUAUGAUGUCGGGACGACAUCUUUUUCUGCAGGGGAGUGUGUAAUAGAUUGGAAAUAUCCCAUGAUUGAUAAAAUUCAUAUAUAUGUUAAUUAAAAAGACAGGUGAAAAAAAACGUGGUAAAAUGUUAGUGUUGAAGAAGGGGUUAAAAACGGAUUUUGAAAUGGAUAACAUUAUUAGCAUUCAUUGAAAUCAUUUUUAAUAUAACUGAAACGAUGUGAGACCUGCUCUCCUAGUUUAGCCUCAGUGAGAAAAAUGAUCGGCGAUCGACUAGUAGUGUCUGCUGAAUGAAGGAAAAGGGAAAGCUCGCCACUUUGCCUCAUUCUCCUUUGAGCUAUUGAAGGCAAAACAUCGUGGUUUGAGUGUUCAUUCUGAUAUCCCUAUCCAGGUAUGAAACACUGCACAAAGCAUUUACAUAUACAUUUGUAAAUAUUUCGUUUUGAUAUAUAUUUGUAUUACUUUUCUGUGAAUGUUAAAAAUGCCACUUUUCUCUGUAUUGUCUUAGCUAGUUCGCCAGUUAAGGGGUAAAAUGGCCGUCAUUAACGGCCGAUAAGGUCAAUUGUUUGGUUGUCCGUGUUUAUAUUUAUCUUCUUUGACAUAGUUUGCAACUUUGUAUUACAUGUCUAACAGAAGCUUGAGAGAAAUUAACAUGUUUAUGAUUUUUUUCUUUGUCUGUAAAACUGACUAUAUGAAAAAGCCUUUGGGAAAGUGCACAUUAUUUAGAAUGCUAAUGAUAUAUUUUUGAUACGUUUUUCCUGUUUUCUUGGACAUUUUAUGUUAAAUACAAUUCUCCUUUGAGCUAUUGAAGGCAAAACAUCGUGGUUUGAGUGUUCAUUCUGAUAUCCCUAUCCAGGCUGCAACACGUGCAGCUAGUUAAAAUGGAUUAAAGUUGACUCAACCUCUGUCCCGUGUCCUUGUGUGUACCCCAUUGAGCAUGGAGCAAAGAAAGAAGACUAAAGGACUGUCUGAGGACUUGAGAAGCAAAAUUGUGAGGAAGCAUGGGCAAUCUCAAGGCUACAAGUCCAUCUCCAAAGACCUGAAUGUUCCUCUGUCUACCAUGCGCAGUAUCAUCAAUAAGUGUGAAGCCUAUGGCACCGUGGCCAACCUCCCUUGAUGUGGACAGAAAAGAAAAAUUGACGAGAGAUUUCAAUGAAAAAUUGUGCGGAUGGUGGAUAAAGAACCUCGACUAAGAUCCAAACAAGUUCAAGCUGUCCUGCAGUCAGAGGGUACAAAAGUGUCAACUCGUACUAUCCGUCAGCGUCUGAAUGAAAAGGGACUGGAUGGUAGGAUACCCAGGAAGACCCCACUUCUGACCCUGAGACACGAAAAAGCCUAGCUGGAAUUUGCCAAAACGUACCUGAGAAAGCCAAAAACGUUUUGGAAGAAUGUUCAGAUGAGGCAAAAGUAGAGCUUUUUGGGAAAAGGAAUCAACAAGGAGUUUACAGGGAAAAAAAACGUGGCCUUCAAAGAAAAGAAAAUGGUCCCCACAGUCAAACAUGGUGGAGGUCCCCUGAUGUUUUGGGGUUGCUUGCUGCCUCUGGCACUGGACUGCUUGACCGUGUGCAUGGCAUUAUGAAGUCUGAAGACUACCAACAAAAUUUGCAGCAUAAUGUAGGGCCCAGUGUGAGAAAGCUGGGUCUCCCUCAGAGAUCAUGGGUCUUCUAGCAGGACAAUGACCCAAAACCCACUUUAAAAAGCAUUGGAAAAUGGUUUGAGAGAAAGCACUGGAGACUUCUAAAGUGGCCAGCAAUGAGUCCAGACCUGAAUCCCAUAGAACACCUGUAGGGAGAUCUGAAAAUGGCAGUUUGGAGAAGGCACCCUUUAAAUCUCAGAAACCUGGAGCAGUUGGCCAAAGAAGAAUGGUCUAAAAUUCCAGCAUAGCAUUGUAAGGAACUCAAUGAUGGAUACCAGAAGCGGUUGUUUGAGGUUAUUUCGUCUAAAGGUUGUGCUACCAAGUAUUAGGCUGAGGGUGUCAAUACUUUUGUCCCGCCCAUUUUUGGAGUUUUGUGUAAAAUGAUAAUGAUUUAAUUUUUUCCCCAUUCUCUUUUGUGUUUUUGUAU